AUAAGAUGCCGUGUAAGACCUGGAAUUAUCGCACCGCCAUUUUAUUUCGCAUUUGUUAGCAAGAUCGUUUUGAAAAUGUUAAGAUUAGUUGCUGUAGCAAUUCUUGGAGUAAUCGUUUGCCAAGCAUCAACUUUAUACAGAAAUAGGCGUACUGGAACCGCCGAGCAUUGGUGUUGUGAUGUUACCGUUGAGCCAAUAAGAAAAACUGUAACAACAGUUGGCGUUGAACCUCAAAAUGUUACACGAGUUAUUAACACCACCUACCAAAGAGACUGCAAAUUUGGAGAGACCCCAACCUCAGCUGACGGCUGGCUGUGCGAGGAUGUGGUAUCUCAUGUUAUGACAACAACAGAAAUGGUAGAGGUUAAUAAGACGAUGGUUGUUGAAUACCCUGGAAGAUGUCCGGCUCACCAUCUUUCCUGUUGUGAAGGAUAUGAAAAAGUCGGCAACCAGUGCAUAGAUCAAGGAGCAUCUAGUGCUUUGCAAGACCUCUUUAAUGCUGGACUGAUUGGAUGACUUUACUCGAUUAUGUAAUCAGUAAAUUAAUAAAAUCAAACAUUCGUGAUUUAA